AUGGCUGAUUCUUUCGACACUCCAACCACGCGCAAGCCUCUCCACGAGAGCAAUGGCGGCGUCUCGCUCACCUCGCUCGCCAUCGAAGACACGUGAGCACUCUCCCUUUGGUCCAUCUGUUCCUUGCUGAUUUUUCUCCAGUUCCACUCCAGCCCACGAGAGCACCGGUCGCCCAGUGUGGACUGGCCCGAAGCCAGACUCGUCUUUGACCGACGAGUCCUUCACCAACCGCCAGGGCCGCGACUCGCCGGCUGCUAAGCAGUUGUCCGGUAGCGCCGCAGCCUUCCAGCCAGGCGUCGACAAGCCCACCCCAAUCUCGAUGCUCAACCGGGACAGCACCGCCGACGAUGGCCGUCCAACGAUCGUGAAGUCUUCUGCAGCCGCCCUCGAAUCCAGUGGCAAGAAGUCUCCCACCGGUGCCAUUGGCAGCGGCUCGCGUCAAUCCAGCCCUAAGACCCGAGACACCUUCACGACCGACACCGGUCCAGGUGUUCCCUUCAAGGGAGCUCACUACCUCAAGCUCGACCAGAUCCCGGUGGCUUCCUUCGAUCGUGUCUUCAAGAUCUUCACCGACGAGGUAAGAUGCCAGCAAGCCCUUGUUGUCAGCUCUAUUCACUGACAACUUCUGCAGUACAACUGGAAGUCUAAGAUGAUCAGCCACUUCGCUCCAGAGGUAGGCCAAGGCCAGUCUUCCAAGUUCAUCAGCAUCUAUAUCUGCUUCGAUGAUGUUGCCGAUGCCGCUCAAGCGAUCUCCGACAUCGAGGUCGUCCCGGGAGCUCAGGACUGGGUCCCGUCCUACAUCACCCAGACUGAGUACGCCGCCAAGCUCCCAUUCGACUCUGGCAUCCAGACGUCCUUCUUUGACGGCCAGGUUGUCUUCGCCGCAGGCUUUCAAGGCAUCCUGACGGCGGUCGAUGCCUCGUACCUCCCAGGCAAAGUUCGCGCAUUUGCAGAAGAUUUCGGCGAGAUUCUGGCGUUCGAUGUCAACGCCGGCAGUGACGCUGUGGAUUUCCGUAUCGAGUUCACAAAGAUCUCCGUUGCUCGCAGCGCACUUGGCUUGGUCACUACAGCCCAGCCAUUCGAGAUUGAGGUAAAGCUUGACGUUCUAUCACGUGACAUCUUCAGUCAGCUGACUUUUCUGCAGGAGUGGUCCGUCGUGGCUCGCCCAGUCCAAGGCUACCCAUCGGCAUUCACCAAGCCUCCCAGCACUCCCAAGAAGACCUUCAACGGCGGCCGUGAGAUCUUCUGCAGUCCCACCGGUCGGACCUCGUGGUCGUAUGGCGAGAACGGCGAGUUCGUCAUUGAGCAGCCCAUGAAGACCAUCCCGAAGGUCGGUGGUAGUGCCACGGACCGUGCUGGCUUCACCCCAGCACCACGCGAGCGCUGGCACUCUGCUCCGACUCCACAGACUCCUGUCGCCUUCGACGGCGUCCAGUACGGCCCUCGCAGCGGUUCGUGGGCUGGAGAGGUGGCUGUGUACCGCGACACUGAGCCGCAGUGUGUGAGCACGGAGCGCAUCGCCAACGGACAAGAUGUUCGCACCACCAUCAUGCUCCGCAACGUGCCAAACCGCUGGACCGCUGCCGACCUGAAGAGAAUUCUCGACACGUGCAGCGCCGGUCAGUACGACUUCUCGUACCUUCGCAUCGACUUUGAGUACAACACCAACGUCGGCUACGCCUUCGUCAACUUCACCGACCCGGCCAACGUGAUCCCUUUCGUCGACACCUACGUCGGUAAGGAAUGGGUCCCAGGCUCCUUCCCACGCAAGAUCGCCGCCGUCUCGUAUGCCACCGUCCAGGGCUACGACUGCCUCGUCGAGAAGUUCCGCAACUCUGCCAUCAUGGACGAGUAUCCGGGCUUCCGUCCCAAGCUCUGGUACACCAAGGAGAAUGCUCCAGACCCAUCCAAGAUUGGCGAAGAGAAGGCCUUCCCGCCUCCCAACAACUAUUCCAAGAAGCAGCGCUCGCACGACAAUGCUGGCGCCAUCGGCCUGUGGGCUCCUCGUACCGGUCAUCGUCGCGAAGGCAUCCGUCGCUCUCAAUACGACCGUGGCACUACCCGUCAGAUCCAGGAGGACGCAGCGUACUAUCAGACGGGUUACGGCGGCCAAUACAUCGUCGGCAACGGCCAUGGGCCAGUCGGCGCUCCGCCAGUGCAAUUCACCAUGCCGUACUACGGUGGCUACACGAGCUUUGGGCCCCAAGUCCAGUACGACUUCAACGGCCCGUAUGCCACUCCCUACUUCCACCCAGCAGGCUACCCACCACCCGGCACGCUUGUGAACCCAGCUUCGGGCCUUCGCACGAUCUCCAAGGGACGUCUUGCUGGUCGCCCAAAGAACGUCACCGUCGACCCAUCCUACUACGGUGGACCAGUCCAGUCUCCCAACGUGCCUCGUAGCUUCAACGGUGAGGACAGCCAGUACAACGGAUCCUACUCCAACGAUGCUCGCAACUACCAGCAUGGCGCUGGCCACCAGUACAGUCCGCAGUAUUAG